AUGGCAGUUUUCCACGCGCUUCUAUAUUUGGUCGCCAAAGCGCUCAUGCUGCUGGCAUGUGUCCUUUUCAUAGCACUUCUGGGUUACUGUUUGUACAUCAAGUACAUUCAUCUGAAAUAUGAACACAUACCCGGGCCACCAAGAAGCAGUUUCUUCAUGGGGCAUUCACGGACACUUUUGACGAUCAUGAAUUCCGAUGGAGUUGUACAUGAACAAUUUCGUGAAUGGGCUGAGACUUACGGGCCUGUCUACAGGCUGAACAUUCUGCAUCAUGUUUUGCUGAUUGUGACAUGUCCACAAGCAACAAAGGAAAUCCUGAUGUCCUCCAAGUACCCUAAGGAUAAAUUUUUUUACAAGAAACUCUAUGACGUUUUUGGUCAAAGAUUUAUAGGCAAUGGCCUGGUAACAGCACAGACUCAUGAGGUGUGGUACAAACAACGCCGAAUCAUGAAUCCUGCCUUCAGCAGCUUAUAUUUGAGAGGUCUAAUGGGGACCUUCAAUGAGACGGCAGAGAAACUGAUGGACAAGCUUGUAGAAGUUGCUGAUAACAAUACAGAGGCCAACAUGCUGCACCUUGUCAACUGUGUCACCCUUGAUGUGAUUGCUAAGGCUGCUUUUGGUGUUGAUUUAGAAGUUCUGACAAAAAGUUCACCUUUCCCUAAAGCCAUUGAUACUUGUCUGAAAGGGAUGAUAUGCAUUAUUAGAGAUGCAACGUUUGAGUUCAAUCUAAAAAACAGACCAUUUAUUAAGGGAGUGAGGGAAGCCUGUCACCUGCUGCGCCAAACUGGAGCUGAGUGGAUCCACAAGAGAAAGACUGCCAUGCAGAAUGGAGAAGAUGUCCCGAAGGACAUCCUCACGCAGAUCAUCAAAACUGCUGCUGCAGAAGAAACUAUGACUGAAGAAGACGAGGAGUUAAUUUUAGAUAAUUUUGUAACAAUCUUCAUUGCUGGUCAGGAAACAACAGCCAGUCAGUUAGCGUUCUGCAUCAUGGAACUUGGACGACACCCCGAAAUUCUGGAGAAAGCGAGGAAAGAAGUGGAUGAUGUCAUUGGAAUGAAACAAGAGAUGAGCUAUGAUGACCUCGGAAAACUGAUCUACCUCUCACAGGUAUUAAAGGAAACCCUGAGAAUGUACCCAUCUGCUCCUGGGACAUCUCGGGAACUUCAGGAAGACAUGGUGAUAGAUGGUAUCCCCAUCCCUGGAGGAGUCAUCUGUACUUUCGACUCCUAUGCAACUGGGAGAAUGGAGAAAUUCUUCAAGGACCCACUGACAUUUGAUCCAGACCGAUUUCACCCCGACGCCCCCAAGCCUUAUUACUGCUAUUUCCCCUUUUCUCUCGGUCCACGCUCAUGCCUGGGAAAGAACUUUUCUCAGAUGGAGGCUAAAGUUGUGAUGGCAAAGCUGCUUCAGAGGUUUGACUUCAGCCUCGUCCCAGGACAGACCUUUGACAUUCGGGACACUGGCACUCUGAAGCCAAGGGAUGGAGUGAUUUGUUUCAUCAAACACCGGAAGUAA